CCCAUCCUCCCCGCGCGCGCCCCUAAAAUUCAGCCACAACAUUGAGUGAGAAGAAAGAAUGGCAGCACGCACAGCAGUGAUUGAGCGCAAGACGGCGGAGACGCAGAUCAGCGUCGCGAUCAACCUCGACUGCCAGCCUGGCUCGGGCAACAAGCAGGAGAUCAGCGUCUCCACCGGGAUCGGCUUCCUCGACCACAUGUUCCAUGCGCUCGCGAAGCACUCGGGCAUGUCGCUCCAGAUGACGUGCAAGGGCGACCUGCACAUCGACGACCACCACUCUGCACAGGACUCUGCGAUAGCGCUGGGCACUGCGUUCAAGCAGGCCCUCGGCGAGGUGCGCGGCAUCCGCAGAUACGGCACCGGCUUCGCGCCGCUCGACGAGGCACUCUCGCGCGCGGUGAUCGACAUCUGCUCGCGCCCGUACUGCGUGACGGACCUCGGGCUGAAGCGCGAGAAGGUCGGGGACCUCUCGACGGAGAUGUUCCCGCACAUCUUCUACUCGUUCGCGAUCGCCGCCGGCGUCACGCUCCACAUCGACGUCCUCCGCGGCGAGAACGACCACCACCGGGCCGAGUCGGCGUUCAAGGCGCUCGCGCUCGCGAUCCGUCAGGCGAUCGAACGUACGGGCGGAGACGACGUCCCGAGUACUAAGGGCGUGUUGUAAUCGACUGGGGUUGUUGUUUCUUUCGCUUUCACGCCCCACCCCGUGUCCGAUGUCUUGGAUUAUACAAUCAGGUGCUAUUAAUAAUGUCAACGCAUCCUUGGUGUACAACAAAUGCGAAGCGAGCU